GUUGUGAGAGGUUUGGACAGUAAUAUCAAUUGUGGUUUACACUUGUGCCCGAAGUGGGAAGAUCUGUCCACUCGGCACUACCGUUCGACCUGGGAAAGGUUGCCUGGUAUGGUUCUUCAGGCUAACACCCGGUUCUAUGCCCAAACAACAAGCGGUCGGCCGCUUAAAUACUCAGGGGCGACCCGCAUUGGUCGUACAUGGAUCUAGAAUCCAUGUGCAACGUUGUCAAUUACAUAACAGACCACUCGUGCAACGUUGCUACUUACGUAAUCUGCCUCCCAGUCCGACCGCCUCUGUCCGACUGCCUACUGGUCUGACAAUUACGUACCCGCACCUUCCCUACUCGCAACCUGGGUUAGUGCGAACCCUGCCGCCGCUCCACCUCUGCCAAGGGGGAAAACAUCCACGCCCCCACACGCAUAUGCGCAUGUUCGCUAAGUCGCAACCUAUUUUGUCAAGCCCAAAGUUCAAUGAGCCAUGUGUCGCGCCACAGCUGUGACCUCCCCCACGAUUGAUCCGACGACCGCGUCGGCCAAAAGCAGUUGAACUGUGCUGCGGCGUCCCAGAAAUGGCGCGUUGGACUCGAACUACAAGGUGCUACGCCAUGGAGAGUGCGUGGCUCUUCGCAGGCUCGCUGUGGAUCCGGCGGCCAGCCGCAAUUAUAGGCGGUUGCGCUGUUGUCUUUUAUGGAGUAAGCAGUUGGAGAAAGCAGCGCUUCUCCCUUUACCAGUCCAACCACGUCCAACCACCGAUUACCGGUAUCGUCAUACCAGCGCACCAGGUUCCCAUAGGUGGCGGGGCUGUGGUGCCCGUGUGGCGGCGUUUGACGCUGCCGUGCACACAUGCGGCGGUGGUUCUGGUGGUGGCGUGGGCGCCGGCGCCUCAUACUACUCAUACGUGCAUGUUGCAUCAGCGGAGUGCUCAGCCAUGAAAGCAGGCCCCGUCAAGGCAUCAAGGCAAGCACGCGGUGGCGUACAAGCAAGCCAGGCCGCCGGCGGAGCUGACAGGAGCGCUGUCUGUUGAAGCGGUGGUGUGGGUGCGUGCUCAGGCACAUGCGGCACUGCUGGCGGCAUCUGCCCCACAGCAGGUCGUGCGGGCUGCUGUGCGGGAAUCCGCUCCAAGUGAUGUGCACGCUGGGGCGUGUCAUCCCGUACUACUGCUGGCGGCGGGGGCACGGUCUGCUGCAUGACGUAAACGUGCGUCGGGAAGGAGGCGCGAGGCGCAUCAGCCGUGCCAUGUGAGCGGCAAGACCCUCAAGAGCGGCUUCAUCCGCUUGAUCGGCGUCGUACAAGUCGACUUGUUGCACGUCAUGAUGGUCGUGACCUCGCCCGCGGUUUGCUUGGAGUUGUGUUGAUGGCGAUGAGUAGCGCCCAUGUCGUGAUGGACGGCUGCCGUAGUAAUGGGACUCAUUGUACGAGUGGUAGUGGCAGUCCGCGAACCGCCGGUCCCUGUUGCGGCCAUGGCGGCGGCCGGGAGACUGGUCACGCCACCGGUGACUGCGGCUGCUGCUUGGUGCAGAGUAGCAUUGCGAGCCUUCCUCGAUGUAGAUGGCGUCAUGAAUUGCUUCUUCAAGUGUCUUGGGCCUCAGCAAGAACACCUGAUCGUAGAUGUCCGGUUGUAGCCCACGAAGGAAGGAGAAGGUAUGGACGGGGUCAGAGGUAUUGAGCGACAGCUGCGACGCCAGGUCACGAAACCGAUCCGCGUACUCUCGCACGGGUUCACGCCGGCGCUGUUGGCAGCGUGCAAGCAGAUUGUAUAACUCCUCCUG